AUGCCUUUCAGAUGCAAAUGCGGACAAACCUUUGAGAAGACGGAUACAUUUGCCAGCCAUACCUCUGCUUGUGCUCGCUUCCAUCGUCGAGACAGUGACACUUCUUCUCUUUCCUCAUCACCACCUCAAAUGAUCUCGUUCUCGGCAUCGCCGCCCAAUCGAUUCACAAACUACAUGCAAGCUCAUCACCAGCAGCCGCCGCAGCAACAAAAUUCAACUGUGCAGCAGCAACAAGGCUCUGAUUUAUUUCCCCGCUAUGUUCCCGGAUUUUUACCCACCGCUCUUUCUAUCCAUAGUACAUUUGAAGGCGUACGUCGUCGAUCGAUGUCUGCUGGCAGCACGGAGGAGUAG